CAGCAAACAUCGUGUGAAAUUGUGAAUAUUCGUUCAACUCCCUACGUCUCCAUUCCAAAAACCAAUCGAUCAAAACACCAGAAAAUCUCUCAACUGCAAAGCCAAAAAAAAUAAGGACAGGAAAAAACGAGUGAGAUGAAAGAUGAGAGGAAACCUCCACAUUGCCACCAUUUUGGUGGUUCUACUUAUACACGCAGCGCUGCAUAAUACCCCCGUUGACGGCGGAGAGUUCAUCGGAGACUACUCCAAGUUAUCCGGAAUUAUAAUUCCAGGAUUCGCAUCUACUCAGCUUAGAGCGUGGUCUUUCCUUGAUUGUCCUUACUCUCCUCUCAACUUCAACCCUCUCGACUUGGUCUGGCUUGACACUACCAAACUACUUUCUGCUGUGAACUGUUGGCUUAAGUGCAUGUUACUUGACCCUUACAAUCAAACAGACCAUCCUGAAUGCAAAUCGCGUCCCGAUAGUGGUCUUUCUGCUAUUACGGAACUUGAUCCUGGUUAUAUCACAGGUCCUCUUUCUUCAGUGUGGAAAGAUUGGGUUAAGUGGUGCAUAGAGUUUGGCAUCGAGGCGAAUUCAAUCAUUGCUGUGCCAUAUGACUGGAGAUUGUCACCAUCAAUGCUUGAGGAGCGAGACCUUUAUUUUCACAGGCUCAAGUUAACAUUUGAAACUGCCCUUAAACUUCGAGGAGGACCCUCAAUAGUAUUUGCCCAUUCUUUGGGUAACCAUGUCUUCCGCUACUUUCUGGAAUGGUUAAAACUGGAAAUUGCACCUAAACAUUAUAACCAGUGGCUUGAUGAACACAUUCAUGCCUAUUUUGCAGUUGGAGCUCCUCUUCUUGGUGCAAUUGAGACAGUGAAAGCAACAUUUUUCGGGAACACAUUUGGUCUUCCAGUUUCUGAGGGAACAGCUCGAUUGAUGUUCAAUUCUUUUGCUUCUUCAUUAUGGAUGAUGCCAUUUUCAAAGUAUUGUAGAACCGAUAAUUCUUACUGUAGGCAUUUUGCCGGGGGAUUCAGGAAGGGUCAUAACACAUAUCAAUGUGAGGAGCAGGAAUUUCGUUUAAACUAUUCUGGAUGGCCAACAAAUAUAGUCAACAUAGAAAUUCCUUCUGUUCGUGGCUUUGAUGCCUAUCCGUCAGUUACCGAAUUAGCUCAAACCAACUUGUCUAGCAUGGAAUGCGGGCUUCCUACUCAGUUAUCCUUUUCAGCUCGUGAAAUAUCAGAUGGGACCCUUUUCAAAGCAAUAGAAGAUUAUGAAUCAGAUAGCAAGAGGCUUUUAUACCAAUUAAAGAAGUCAUAUCAUGAUGAUCCUGUUUUGAAUCCACUAACUCCUUGGGACAGACCACCUAUAAAAAAUGUUUUCUGCAUCUAUGGAAUAGAUUCAAGGACCGAGGUUGGUUACUAUUUUGCACCGAGUGGCAAGCCUUACCCUGAUAAUUGGAUCACAACCGAUGUCAUUUAUGAGCUUGAAGGGUCUCUGUACUCCAGGUCAGGGAACUUGGUCGAAGGUAAUCCUGGAGCUGCAAGUGGGGAUGAUACGGUACCAUACAAUUCUCUCUCUUUGUGUAAGAAUUGGCUUGGACCAAAAGUGAACAUAACAAGGGCUCCUCAGUCAGAGCAUGAUGGAUCUGAUGUACAAGUGGAUUUGAAUGUAGAACAUCAGCAUGAAGAGGAUAUAGUUCCCAACAUGACAAGGUCUCCAAGAGUAAAGUACAUCACCUAUUAUGAAGAUUCUGAAAGUAUUCCAGGAAGAAGAACAGCAGUUUGGGAGCUCGAUAAAGCAAGUCACAGGAACAUUGUUAGAUCCCCAGCUCUAAUGAGAGAGUUGUGGCUUCAGAUGUGGCACGAUAUCCAUCCCGGUGCAAAAUCAAAAUUUGUUACCAAAGCUAAGCGUGGACCUUUAAGAGAUGAAGAUUGUUACUGGGACUAUGGGAAAGCUCGAUGUUCGUGGCCUGAGUACUGUGAAUAUAGAUAUCUUUUUGGGGAUGUUCACUUGGGACAGAGCUGUCGGUUGAAGAAUUCUUCAGCUGAUGCACUCUUGAAUUACCUAUAGAAUAGAAGUUGCCUCCCACAUUGCCUUGCUGGAAUUUGUGCUGUUCAGAUGCGCUUCAUGCAAAGUAGAGUGGGGCGUGUAGUUCCAGAAUUGCUAGCAGUCUUCAUCUCUGUUGCAUUCAAAGUGGGCAUCUAAACAAUGUUUCCUAACCCGAAGUAGAUUCCCGUCUUCAUCAUGUGUUGGUGAGGUCAUCGGAUGCUAAACAAGGUGUGAACUUUCCACCAUAAUAAUACAAGAGAGCAGCCUGUCCUCUGCAGAGAACCAUGGAGUUCAACCUUGGGCCCCACAAACCUUGAUGCACGGUCUGGUAGACUUAUUACUAAUGAUGAUAAACUGAACAAGGAGAUAGAUGCAUUGAUUGUCCGUACUAAAGCUUUGAGGUUCCAAGCAUAUUGGAGUGGAUGUUUGAUUUGACAACCGAUGUAUUGCUCAGAGAAAAACAUCUGUGCACUUUGUAAGCCAGAAAAAGAAAAGGAAAAACAGAAAUAUUACAAACAGAAACCAAGAGAGUAAAUAGAGUCUUUAAAGAAAAUCCCACGAAAUGAUUUCAGAUGCUUUAAGCUCAAUUCGACUCUCUUCUGUAUCUUGAAACUUGUAGAUAUUGAUUAACCAUGCAUGCUCAUGCAGUUGGAUUUACCUCAAGCUUUGCAGAAUAAA